CCUGAAAACCCCAUGAAAUACACUGAGAAAGUGGAGUUGCAUCGGCGGAGUGAACGUGAUGAAAAUGUGUUAGACUAGCCUACUUCUUUUGUUUCCCAAAAAGGACAGGAUAAAAACCGAUACGAAGAUGCCGGUGCGUAAGCAGGAGUUUGUGAAAAAGGGGGUCGGUGGGCCUCGAGGCAGUUCGGUUAUAAACUUUAGACCACUAGUGAGUGCGACGUCUCCGCGUCGGAGUUCAGCGGUCUUGCCUUCAGUGCUGACGUUCGCCGUUAUCGUGGCGUCCGGAGGCCUUCUCUUGAUGAUAGAGAAAGGAAUGCUGAAUAAUAUGGAGACUCCGCCACCCCGAGGGAACGGCAAGAAUGUAAACUAUCUGCAGCAAGUUAGGCAUCAUGAUUCAAAUGCGGACGUGGAAUCCCAAAUUAUGCAGGAGAUCCGUAACCGCACCAUCCGCUCCAUGUGCAGCCAGAAGAACAUGCCCCACAACGUGUGGUCGCUGAACGCCCUCCAGCGCAAGACUCUGCUGCAGCACAUCCUGGUGAGCGAGGAGCACCACUUCCUCUACUGCUACGUGCCCAAGGUGGCCUGCUCCAACUGGAAGCGCAUGCUGAAGGUUCUGAGCGGCGCCCUGCCCGGCGUGGACGCCAAGGGCAAGAUGGACCACCGCACCGACCUCCUCUUCCUGUCCGACCUGCAGCCAGAGCAGAUCCGUCACCGCCUGCGCCACUACUACAAGUUCAUGUUUGUGCGCGAGCCCAUGGCACGCCUGCUCUCGGCCUACCGCAACAAGUUCGGCGAGAUCGAGUCGUACCAGAAAAAGUACGGCGCCGAAAUCAUCCGCCGCUACCGCAAGGGCCGUGCCAAGGACCCCAACAUCGCCGGCGACGACGUGACGUUCACAGAGUUUGUGCGCUACCUGUUGGAUGAGGAAUCAGAGCGAAUGAACGAACACUGGAUGCCCAUGUACAACCUCUGCCAGCCGUGCGCCAUCACCUACGACUUCAUUGGCUCGUACGAGCGUCUGGAGGACGACGCCGCGCACGUACUGGAAAAGGUGGGCGCGCCGCCCCACCUGCGCUUCCCAGAGCGCCAGUCGUGGUACAAACCUGUCACUAAAGAAACGUUACAUUAUUACCUGUGCGGCGUACCACAGAAGCUACUCCGAGAGCUUCUACCCAAGUACAUCCUGGACUUCUCGCUCUUUGGAUACUCCCUCCCCAACACAACCGCAGAGUACUGCAGACACUAAAGCAGGGACGGACAAACUUUCCUAAGUAUUAUUUUCAGGUGCUAUUUUAAUAUGGAGCCCUGUGACACUCCCCACUGUAUUAUUUUAUGUAAAGGAUCGGGAAACUGACAGGACGUGGUUUAGAUGAGGUUGAAACCACUAUGUGAACAGGGAACAAGACAGACUCGACUGUAAUGGCUAAAGGAGAUUUUCAGCAUCUCUGUUCAAGGAUCAAGGACCCUAGACAACUCAUGGGGAACCUUUUAAAAACCCCUCUGGAUCCAGACCCAAGUGGAGUCUGUCCUUGAUUCUGACCAGGUGGCUCUGUGUUACAGCUGGUCCAGGAACAGCUGUAAUGUGAGGAACAUGACGGGCCUCAAUUUAAUCUAAUGUCCGGCAAAAUGCAAAGUCAGGAAACGAGCAAAAGUGUCCCAUGAGCUAAAGAUGUUGUUUGGUAUGCGGAAGCAUUUGAGCUGGUGUUUGUGCUUAGGAUCUUGCUCAUGGUACCAAAUUAUUAAAUUAGCUUUAGGGACGUGUUAGACUUUGCAUUUUGCCCAUCAUUUAACUACAGCCCAAUGAAUCAGUAGAUGGGACAGAUGUUUAAAAGGACAGGAGAAAAUAAUCUGAAGCACAAGUCGGACACAGUAUUAGUGGCAGUGCCAGUAUCUGGUGUUAAAGCUGCUGUAAGUAUGUUAGCAGUUUCUGAUGGCUUCUGCCAUAAAUUCACUUUGUCGUUUAAAUGUGUUGAGCACACUCCAAAUAACUGGAUCAGCGGCUAGCUACAUCACCUGUCCUGGAGUGGUUCACAUCCGGACUUACUUUUACCAUUUACUUGCUGAUUGAAUAGCCUUUUUAUAGUAAUUAUUACAUGAUGUGAAAACAGGUUUUGUCAUUGUAUGGCUUACAGCAGUUUUAAUUGUCCAUCUUCAGCCUAGUUUGCAACUAGACAGCUUUAGUCUGCACUUGAUUGAGGUUAACUUAAAGACUGCAACACAUCUAAGAAAUUAUCUGUUGGUCUUAAAUGUAUCACUUGUAGCUGUUGCUGCAAGUAAAUGCACUUUUCUCUGUCUGGCUACAGGGAAUACAGAAUACAUUGUAAUUCAAAAGAGCUCUUGGUUUAUGAUUAUACAGUGGCAAUCGAUAUUGUAAAUAUUGUAACUUAAAAAUGAACCUUGUAGUCUACUAUAGGCGUCACACCUCUGGACACUUCUUUUGAUGAUCAUCUUUUGUGUGAGAUCUCCCAAGUCAAACAUUUUGGAGCAGGGACUCGGCCUGUGUUCCUGCGGUCAUUAGUUAUUUAAUGGUCUCAGUGGACCAUUGUCCCAACAUCUGUGAAAAGCGUGAGUCUCACACACACACACACCCAGAAACACCUGCAUAGCCAGACCAGCUGGUAGCCAGGAUACACACUGUGCUCUUCUUCCACGCUUUCUCCACAUCAAGUGAGAUCCAAUAAACACAUUCCUGAAUC